AUGUUAUCUCUAUCUGUACAUAUUCAAACUCUGUCAGAUACUUAUAAGUACUCUUUGACCCGGCGGCCCUCCCUCAUUGAUUACGGUUCAUCAUCUUCAAGUGAUGCUGAGGAAGAUGAUAUUAUGGAUGAAGACAAAUACACUAAAGAUGAAAACAGCCAUAAACCAAAACUUCCCAAACCGACCCUUGGAGAAAAUCAUCUUCACACAUCUGUAUUCUCUAAUCCAUUUGUGGAAGCGGAAUUGGCAAAAGCUGCUAUAUUAGAGAAACAUGUCAAAAUGGUUCCAGGUAAAGACAAUACCCAAAUGAUUAAUGGUAAGAAAAUAUGCUGGAACUACAGAAAAGGAAGAUGCAGGUUUGGACACAAUUGUAAAUAUGCACAUGAUUCUGAUAUACAGAAGACGGUUGAAGAAUUGGAAGCGGAGAAACAGAAAUUGAAAACAGUUGUAUGUGAAGGGACGGGUACAAUGUCAUCAGCACCCCCACCACAAGUGGUCCUAGAAGCAUCAUCUGCAACUGAUGAUGAUGUUUGGGAAGGUGGAUCAAAUAAGAAGAAAAAGAGACCAGGCUUGAGUUCAGGGCUAGUUCCUGGAAAGAAAAUCAUUAAGAUGUAUAAAGAACAAAAACUCAAAGAUGUUAUAAAUAAA